UAGCCAUCCUUCCACCUAGCAACCCUAGGAACAGGGUAGAAGAAGCAGCCGCCCCUCUCACAGCAGCAAUUAUGGGUAUUAUUAAUUCUUUACAAUUUCAUCAAUAAGAUAUUGGGGAGUUGUCGGGUUGCUUCCAUGGCAUUUGUGUAUAUAUGCGUACAUGAUUUAACUAAUUACCACAUCUCUUCAACAGCCGUUGUCCCUAUGGAGCUCACAUUUCCCACCAUUCCACCCAUCUGUGCUUUCCUUCUCCUUCUCUUCAUGCUAACAUGAUUUAACUAAUCACCAGAUCUCUUCAACAGUCGUUGUCUCUAUGGAGCUCACAUUUCCAACCAUUCCUGCCAUCUGUGCUUUCCUUCUUCUUCUCUUCAUGCUAACCCUGCUACUUAAAAAAAAGGUCAACAACAACUCAACCCUUAAGCUCCCACCGGGGCCCUGGAAAUUGCCUUUUGUUGGAAACAUUCACUGUCUUCUGGGCUCACUCCCUCAUCACAAGCUUGCAGAUUUGGCCAAGAAAUAUGGACCCCUGAUGCACCUGCAACUAGGAGAAGUUUCCGUCGUUGUCGUUUCGUCUGCAGAAGCUGCAGAAGAGGUCUUGAAAACCCAAGAUAUCAUCUUCGCUCAAAGGCCUCACCCUAUUGCUUCCUCCAUCUUAUUUUAUGGUUGUAUCGACAUCGCGUUUUCUCCCUAUGGUAGUUAUUGGAGACAGCUUCGAAAAAUUUGCACAGUGGAACUUCUCAGCCCCAAGCGCGUCCAAUCCUUCCGGUCAAUCAGGGAAGAGGAGGUUUCUAAUUUCAUCAAAACAAUUUCACAGACCGGCAAGUCUCCGAUCAAUCUUUCUGAGAAACUUUUCCUAAUUACGAACAGCAUAAUACAGCGAGCUGCAGUUGGUAAAAAGUGCAGAGAUCAGGAAGAAUUGGUUUCAGCCGUCGAACGAUUUAUAAGUCUCUCUUCAGGUUUUGCUAUUGCAGAUUUGUACCCUUCAAUCAAAGUUUUUCAACAGAUGAGUGGAUUAAGGCCUAAACUUGAGAAGGUGCAUCGACAAGUUGAUCGGAUAAUUGAGAGUAUCAUUAGGGAGCACAAAAGCCAAGCCACAGCCUCUCAGGUGGGCAGCGGUAAUGAAGUAGAAGAUCUUAUUCAUGUUCUUUUAAAGCUUCAAGAACAGGGAAAUCUUGAAUUUGCUCUAUCUGACGCCAGUCUUAAAGCAAUCAUUCUGGAUGUGUUUACUGCUGGGACUGAGACGUCAUCAUCAACAUUAGAGUGGGCAAUGUCAGAAUUGUUGAAGAAUCCAAAGCUGAUGAAGGAGGCACAGGCUGAAGUAAGACGAGUAUUUGAUCCAAAAGGAACUGUAGAUGAAACCAGAAUACAUGAGCUGAAAUUUUUGAAAUCAGUAAUCAAAGAAACCUUGAGGCUACACCCUCCUUUAUCUCUUAUUGCAAGAGAAUGUGGCACAAGUUGUGUGAUUAAUGGAUAUCAUAUACCUGCCAAGGCGAAAGUUCUCAUUAACACAUAGGCAAUUGGUCGAGAUCCUAAAUAUUGGAUCCAAGCCGAGGAGUUCCAUCCAGAGAGAUUUCUCAAUAGUUCAAUUGAUUACAAGGGGAUCGAUUUUGAGUAUCUCCCUUUUGGUUCUGGAAGGAGGAAAUGUCCUGGAAUAUCAAUGGGUCUCGCUAAUGUUGAGUUGCCACUUGCUCAGUUGUUAUACCAUUUUGACUGGAAACUUGCCAGUGGAUUGAAGCCUGAAGAGCUUGACAUGACCGAGGCCAAUGGCUUGACAAUAAGAAAGAGAGAAAACUUGUAUUUAAUCCCAAUCCCUUAUUGUCUGUUGAAUAAUGUUAGCUAGAGAGAAGCUAGCUAUACAUAAAAACAUAACAAAGUUGGACCACAAUUUUUAUUGUUCUUAGAUAAAGCAGUGUCAUUUUUAGGGUUGUAAAUGAAUUAAAUCGAGUUGGGUUUUAAAAAAUUUA